AUGGCGAGAGGUGACAAUGCGCUCGCGGGGCGAGAAGAAAAAGACAUCCCAUGCCACUUUUUCCAACCGACCGAUACCUAUAGGAAAAUAUAUUUCAAGGGAUAUUAUCUCUCUAUCUCCAAUCCGAAAACGGGGGACAAUCCGGUCCACCACGAUGCAAUGCUGCUAGGUCAGGAAGUUAUAAAGGAGUAUCAACCAUUUGACGUUCCGCCUGGGUAUUGCGUAUACAUCAGAGUAGCUAGCGUAUACUUCGAGGUCCAGAACGACAUUGUAACUUCCAUUCCGUAG